GCGCUGCAUGCCCAGCUUGGUGGAAAUACCGGUGAUUUUUGUGCGUGGUACCGGUACAGAGCUCAUUUACAGCUAUGGCGACCCUCAAACUUUUGGCCAACCGACUGAAGUCGGUCAAAAACAUCCAGAAAAUUACCAAGUCAAUGAAAAUGAUUGCUGCUGCAAGGUAUACCAAAGCAGAGCGUGAACUGAAGUCAGCGAGGUCGUAUGGUGUCGGUGCUACAGCUCUAUAUGAGAAAGCUGAGCUGGAAGCACCUGAAAUAAAGGAGAAUCACCUGGUGAUAGCACUGUCCAGCGACAGGGGUCUCUGUGGCGGUAUACACUCUAACGUCACCAAGGCAGUCAAGGCAUACAUAAAGGAACAGGGUGAAAAUGCCAACAUCAAAUUAGCAAUCGUAGGAGACAAAGCUAGGAUGCAGUUACAAAGGACACAUGCAGGCAAUAUUCUGUUUGCAUUGAAUGAAUACGGCAGGAAACCACCAACCUUUGUGGAGGCAUCCAUGAUUGCUAACGCCAUCUUGGAAUCCGGCUAUGAGUUUGACACUGCAGAGAUCAUCUUUAACACCUUCAGAUCUGUUGUUGCAUACACAACUUCCAGGCAGCCUGUUGUUCCCUUUGAUACGCUCAGUACGGCAGACAAGAUGAGCGUGUAUGAUGACGUCGAUGCCGACAUCUUGAGGAACUACAGUGAAUUCCAGCUGGCCAGUGUGAUCUACACAUGUAUGAUGGAAGGAAACUGCAGUGAACAGAGCUCUAGGAUGACUGCUAUGGACAAUGCCACAAAGAAUGCAGGUGAAAUGAUUGACAAGCUAACCCUGAAGUACAACCGUACCAGACAGGCUGUCAUCACCAGAGAACUGGUGGAGAUCAUCUCGGGAGCCGCUGCUUUAGAAUGAUCUUUUCAAAUACCUUCUGUUGAGAGCCAGGAAGGCAGGAACACUUGUACACUACAUGGAGCCAAUGCCCUCCUUGCUUCCAGCAGAUCCUAUAUAUACGGCUUCAUAGUGUUUGUAAUUGUGUUUUAUUUUUGGCCAAUCAAAUUCUUCAGUGCUGAAUGUGUCUGGGGAAAUGAGCGGAUGGAGAUCUUCUACAUAAGAGCAAUUCGUGUGUACCAGUGCAAGCACAAGUUUGUCCACACCUUGUUGGAUUUGACAUACUCAAAUUAAUGGUCACCUAAUAUACAUAAAGCUGAUUUUAAAGGGGGGUAUUCCUUUGUAGCUUUCUAGUGGACUAGAAGGAAAAUGUGAUGAAUUUAUUAGAGAAUGGAUACGUCAACUACCUUCAUAUUUAUUAGCUCUGAACAGAAAAUGCAUUUGAAAAUAAAUUUCGAUUCACUUGGAAUGAGUUUCAAGAAGUUCGGGCCAAGAUUUAUGAGAUCAUUGAUUCAUACUGGAUUGAAAAUCCCUGUAGCAUGUCUCUUUCCAAGAAUUUAUGUAAUUUUAGGGGUUGAGAGUUAUCUGAUAGCACACCUAUGUGAGAGUGCUUACUGUAUUCUGCAAAGAGAUUUGAUAUUGUAUUAAAUACCAGAGGACCUAAAUAUUUGAGAACAAA